UCAAGUGAAGGGACAUGCACAAGAAACUGUGACACACCUUCCUCCAGCCAGCCGUCAAGCUCAAAAAUGGAGAACUACGAUGAGGAAUUUGCCAUGAUGGUCAAACAAUUCCGGAAGCUCAAGAAGUUCUUCAAGAAGGCUGAUUCAAUCAGAAGGCCAUCCAAGGGAAAGCCACAGGUAAGUGACUCCCCUCUUGAAUCUUAUUUAUGCUAUAACAGCAGGAAGCCUGGCCACUGGAAGUCAGCAUGCCCGUACCCAAAGGUGGAGAAGUACGGAGAAAGAGAAAGGAUCGAGAAGAAAAAGAAACCAAUGGUUGCUACUGAAAGUGACGAGUCAUCCAGCUCAAGCUCGGAUGAAGAAGCCCUCGUCUGCAUGGAACGCAGAGUUGAGAAGUCCAACCAUGAGGAUAGGUGGACUAUGUCAGAAGAUGACACUCUCUGCCUAAUGGCCAAAGAUGAUGCUGAUCAAGAGUUCAAAAAGAUGAUGAAAGACUUUGAGGAGAUAAAUCUCAAACACUCAUCCUUAACAGAAGAGAACAAACUAUUGAGUGAAGAGAAUCUCAAGUUGACUAAAAGUCGGAAAAGUCAACUGAAUGAGAUCACUCAACUCAAGACUGAAAAUGAAUCUCUCUCUGAAAAGGUGAAAUCUCUUAACAAAGAGCUAGGGAUACUCAAGUCCAAAGAAGCAGUGAACAAGCUGCUUGAAACGACCAAACAUAAGGGUCGCAAAGGACUUGGGUUUGACCCCUCUAGUUCCAAAAGGAAAGGGAAGACAACUUUCAUCCCUCCUAAACCUACUGCCAAACCUAAUAAGCAGAAAGGGAAGGAAAAGGAGAAACCAACAGAAGUUCCCAAAAAGGUAGUCCCUCCUAAAAACUAUAGGAAGCUGGACAGACCUCAAAAAGGAAACAAUUUCAGAAGAAAACCUUCUAACCCCCAAUAUACACGAGGCUAUACUCAUUAUGGGGCAGAUAGGAGUUUUCCGAGAAAUUCUGAGUGGAGAACUAUGCCAAGAUAUAGUCAUCCUCCACCUCAGAAACUAUUUGUGCCACCUAAGGUCACACUAUGCACAACCUAGACAAAACUAUAGGUCUUAUCAACCUAGGUUUGCUAGAAGGAAACAGGAAAUUGCACCUCCUGCACGUAGGAAGUUUUAUGCCUACAACUAUGAUUACAAUCCCAACAAGUUUAGAGCUGCAAGGAAAAUUCCCUGCAACUUUAAACUUGAUGUAGGGACACACACCAUUAACCAUUCCGGACCCAAACUAAAAUGGGUACCAAAAU